GUUAUUCAAUCCAAGAGGAAGCAUACAAAUUAUAGUCUAUUGUUACAGAAGAACGGGGAAGUAGGAAGAAGAUAUGGCUAGAACAAUGGCCUUUUGUAUCUCGAUUCCCACUGCCUCUUCCAGAAGCCUCUUGCGGCUGCCCUAUCUGAAUCCCCAAUUCUGUGUAAAUUGUUUCCCUUCUUCUUCUUCAACGCCUUCGUCUAUCUCCAAUGGUAAUAAUAAUAUCCUCCGACUGGCUCCCUGCCGCGCCGCAAAACAGCAGCAGAGCCAGCGCGGCCCCGUCAAGAAGGGCAACAACAAGAAGAAAAAGAAGGUCGGCGGCGGCGACGAUAGUUAUAAUACUGACGAUGUUGAAAUUGAAGACGACGGGUUUGGUGCCGAUGCAACGCAGCCGAAAUACCAGCCGCUUCCGCUGCCAAAUCCACCUGCAGGGUUCGUGCUGGAUAAGCAAGGGAGAGUUCUUAUGGUUUCCAACAAACGCGUUGCUACCAUUGUUGAUUCUACCAAUAAUCUCCCAUUAGACUGCAUCAUAAGGAGAGUAUUUAGAAGUUCACGUGGGGAUGAGUGCAUGGUGCUCUACCCUGUUGAUACGCCUGUUCAAAUUUUGAAGAGCAAAAAUAUUGAUGGAUGGUCAGCUGUCAGUGAUGAAGAAGUUGAAUCUAUACUUCCUACUGCAGCAUAUGCACUUGCCAAGAUACACAUGCAUCUGGUACAUAGUGGAUUCUGUUAUACAGCUAGGGGAGGAUUCUGCUACACAGAGGAUGACAUAUUUGAAUUCCGUACAGAUGAUGGCCAGGAUGUAGAUGGGUUGCCAACGGAAGGCAUAGAAAUUACAUGUUUCCAUCUGGAUGGGAGCCAUUACAUGAUUUAUACACCAUCUGACCCGCUUCUUUUUGUUGCAGUGAAGGAUCAGAAUGGCCAGUUGCAAAUUGUGGAUGAUGAUCUGUUGGAGGACCCAGCUGUAAUAGGUGCCAUAGAUGAGGAGACUGAAUUCAAUGCCCUUGUGGAAGAAGAGGCUGCCCUCCUUGAUUCCUUGUUAGGGAAAAGAUAACUGACUAGUUUGACAUUGGUGCUGACAUGUGACAUGUCUGUCAACUCAAGGUUUUCCUGUUUAUCGAAAGUUUGUUCAUUUCUAUAUUUUUAGAUACAUUAUUAUUAUUGUAUAUAUUAAUUAAUAGUUAGUGUUGUUAUUAUAACACUAAUAAUUUUGUCAAGUAACGAAUUGAUGAAAUGCUGAAUGUUCAUCA